AACAAGAAAAUCAAAUAUCUAACAGUUCAGUGAAGAACAUGUCAAUGCAAGGUUUAGCUACUGAUUUGACAGCUGACUGAUUUGAGAAAAUGUCAGAGGGCUUUUCUUCCCAUGAUGUCACCACCAUCAGUACACAAAAUCUUAAAGGCAAGGCAUGAGUUCUGCAAAGGAGAGAGAGAGAGAGAGGAAGAAGACGCCCGUGGGAGGAAAGUGUUGGUGUCUAUGACACAAUUUUUUGAAGGAGGCACUAUAUUGUGUCAGACACAGGCUUACUCUAACUAUUCAGACACGCACAGAGAAGCAAACAUGCAAAGUAACCUUAGGUACACAUACCCUCCAGUGUUCACAGUUGAUGCUGUAGGAGGCUUUCAGCAUCAGGCUGCAGGUAUGGAACCUCCCCUGGUCCCCUGCUGGACAUUACCUCCUGCCCGAGUCCAGGCCAAAAGAAGGGGCUGUGGAGGAAUGAGCUCUGCAAGAUACUUCUUGAUUAUGGUCCUUCUGACAGUGUUUGCUACACUGGGACUUGGAGCCUAUCAGCUCUGGAGGCUGCAGACAGAGCUGCUACAUCUGAAACAGGAAAUGCACUCACAAAGUUACAGCAGUACACCACAGAGGCUAGUUGGGCACCCAGUAGAAGAUAUUAAAGAGCCCAAGCAUACACCAGCUGCACAUCUGUUGGGAAAAAGCCAGGACAAAAGAUCAAAGACCCUGAAGUGGGAGUCAAGGCAUGGCCGUGCUUUCACAGAUGGUAUUCUGUACCAUGAUGGUGGUUUACAAGUGAAUGAGACAGGCCUCUACUUUGUCUACUCACGUGUGGAGUUCCGGUCAAAAGACUGUAAGCCAAGGGACUCUCUGGCCCACAUAGUGUACAUAAAGAGAGGCGAAAGGUUUCUAACACUCAUGGCCAAUCAUCAAGAAGGCUUCUGCCAAGCUGGAAGCAAGGAAACGUGGACAGCCGGAAGUAACCUUGGCUCCAUGCAUCAGCUCAAUCAGAAUGACUGGGUGUUUGUCAAUGUAUCCCAACCAACCCAGCUCAGUUUUGAUGACCAAAGUAAUUACUUUGGCCUUUUUAAACUCCCAUAAACACUCAUUGUGUUCCUCAAAUGUUUGGCAAGCCAGUGUUCAGAGGAAACGGGAAAAGUGCAUUUGAAAGGCCAAAUUGGCCUUUUGAUUGGGAAUCAUCUAAGGAUGUUUGACUGUCCUCUCUAUAUAAAAUAUUAGCCAUUUUUAUUGUUUACUGAACACUAACAUGCUCCUGUGUGGAGUAAAAUUACAGUAGUGUUAUUUAUUUACAGAAUUUUUUUAUGUAUGGAUGUCUGGGCAUGGUCUGAAGCAAUAUAAUAUGCAAUAUAAAUAUAUAGCAAUAUAAAUGAUGGUCAAAUUGACCAUAAAGGCCUAAUAGUAUACAUUUUACAGUAAUUAUUGUUUAUUCAUUCAUUAUUAUUAAUUACAUAAAUUAUUGUUGUUGUCAUUGUUGUUCAGUAAGCAUUUGUUUCAUAAAUAAAUGAUUAUACAUUGAACAAAUAUUAAGAAAUGACUAUUUUAAUGUCCAACCAAAAAUAGUGCAUGUAGUUACCAUUAUAUCACACAGUUGUUGUUGAUGGCAGGGGAAACAGUGGGCUGGUACUGGGAGAGAUGGAGGAAAAUAUGCUAAGCAUUACAAUUAACAUAGUUUCCAGGUCUGUUUGUAUACUGACCAUAUAAUUAAC